AUGCUUGAGACGCCUCCUCUUCCUCUAGUAAUUCCAUCUGAAAAUGGGCUUCCCCCAGACUUGUGUGUUCUAAGACAAGGUGCAGUGCUCGCAGGACGGGACUCCACUGAUACGUCGCUGGCGACUAAGCUGGAUGCGUCGAUGGCGUAUGCGGACGCGCUUCUGGCGUACUACUACUCCACAGCGCAGGAUGCGGUGCUAGAGGAGCACAUCACAGUAGCCAUGGUAAACGCAGCCUACUUUUACCAGCAAUUGUCACAGGAAAUGUUGCAAACAGCGUACGUGCAGGGCUCCAAGGAAGCGUGGGCUGCCAGCGGUUUGUACAACAAAAGGUGCAUAGGGCUGCUACAAUUUCUCGUUCGCUCUCAGAUUCCGCGCACCACCCAAUUACUGUCCACGGUGCAGAUGUACAUGCGCUGCUGGGCUCUAUCUCAGCAAUUGGGUGUGGUGAUCUUGUCGCUCUCGAAGCUGAAAUCGCAGGUGUGCGGUGGAACUGGGACUGGAACUGGUGGUACCGCUGAAAAGUACGAGAGGCUGCUAGAAUUCCAAGAAUCAGACCUCAAAGAACUUUCGAAAUCCAGCGUCCUCUACGCACGCUUAUGCAUCGGUUGCCGAGACAUGUGCUCGCAACUGGCGAAUACAGAACUCGCUACAGCAUCCCAGUAUCUGGCUCGGUACCUUGACACUUUAACUUAUACUUUGCUGUCCCUCGACGCCUAUAAAGAAGGCCAAUGCGGACUAGCUCUCGGCAUGCUUGCUGCUGCUAUAGAUAGCCUAUCACAAGGUCUUGUUACACGUAAACAAUUGAAGUUAAUUCAAGACAAUGUGAAGCUCAAAGACAGGCUGACAUCUAAAAUAAAAGAGAUGAAAAUCGAGGGGAAGCAGCUGCGGUCCAAAUUUAAAAAAUCUAAAAGCCCCAGUGCGUCUGCCGACCUGGGCGGCAUUUACAAUAAGAACGCCUUACAUCCAUUCCUGCAAUCGACUUUAAUUGACUUUAUCAUUCCAUUAAUCAUGCUCCUGCAAUAUCGAUAUCAAAUAACUAACGAUAAGCUCUUUUACCAGCCUGUUGUCAAAGAUUCACAGGAAUUGUCCAAACACAGGCCGCAAGGCAAGGCCCCGGACGCCAACGGUAUCGAUUGGAAUUUCGACGGACAACAUUUGACUGAAGCUUCCGGCGGAAAGAUUGAUUAUUUCUAG